AUGGAUCUUGACUACCUUCUGGACUUCGAGGACUACUUCCCGUCCAUGAUUGCACGGAUGGGGGCAGAGGGGUUCAUCGGAGAGCUCUGCAGCGGCUUUCGCUUGCUCAUGGACGUGAACAAGGGUCUCAUCACCUUCGAGAGCUUGAAGAUGAACUGUUACUUGCUCGGUUUGGACGUGAGAGACGACGAGCUCGCGUGCAUGUUAAUGGAGGGUGAUUUGGACGGAGAUGGUGCUCUUAACCAAAUGGAAUUUUGCAUUCUCAUGUUUAGGCUCAGUCCUUGUUUGAUGGAUUCGCCUAAAAUGUGCAGCACUCAGGUUCGUGCAGACCACAUGCUGAUGUAG